UCCCUCCAGGCCAAGGAUUAAAAACUGCCCAUGCAGGGGUCAGUCCUGCAGCAGCAGACCCUGAGAGCUGAGGUGCCCCCCCCCACCCAAGUGAGGACAGGCUGCACGGGAAAGGGAGGGCCAGAGCCCGGAGCCAGGGAGCGGAGGAGGGGCAGCCCGGCCCGGCUGCUGUCCCCCCACCGAGCCGGCUCAGAUCCCGCUCUGGGAACAGCUCAGCUGCGGAGGCAACGGCAGCCCCUCUCCUCCGGUGAAGGACAGCAAGCAGACGGACUCACAGACGGAGAUCCUGGGCCUGCAAGUCUUCGGCCCCCAGCCGUCAGGCCGGGCCUGGCCCCCCCAUGGCCUUCAAUGACCUCCUGCAGCAGGUGGGGGGCGUCGGCCGCUUCCAGCGGAUUCAGGUCACCCUGGUGGUCCUCCCUCUGCUCCUGAUGGCCUCCCACAACACCCUGCAGAACUUCACCGCCGCCAUCCCCACCCACCACUGCCGCCCGCCUGCCAACGCCAACCUCAGCAAGGACGGGGGUCUGGAGGCCUGGCUGCCCCGGGACAGGCAGGGGCAACCUGAGUCCUGCCUCCGCUUCACCUCCCCACAGUGGGGACCACAUUCCGCCAAUGGCACAGAAGCUAACGUCACAGGGACCACAGAGCCCUGCACCGACGGCUGGAUUUAUGACAACAGCACCUUCCCUUCCACCAUCGUGACUGAGUGGGACCUCGUGUGCUCUCACAGGGCCUUACGUCAGCUGGCUCAGUCCUUGUACAUGGUGGGGGUGCUGCUCGGAGCCAUGGUGUUCGGGUACCUGGCAGACAGGCUGGGCCGCCGGAAGAUGCUGAUCUUAAACUACCUUCAGACAGCCGUGUCAGGGACCUGUGCAGCCUUCGCACCCAACUUCCUCACCUACUGCACUUUCCGGCUCCUCUCGGGCAUGGCGCUGGCUAGCAUCGCCCUCAACUGCAUGACACUGAACAUGGAGUGGAUGCCCAUCCACACCCGGGCCUGCGUGGGCACCCUGACAGGCUAUGUCUACAGCCUGGGCCAGUUCCUCCUGGCCGGUGUGGCCUACGCCGUGCCCCACUGGCGCCAUCUGCAGCUGCUGGUCUCUCUGCCUUUCUUUGCCUUCUUCAUCUACUCCUGGUUCUUCAUUGAGUCUGCUCGCUGGUACUCUUCCUCUGGGAGACUGGACCUCACCCUGAAGGCUCUGCAGAGAGUGGCCCGGAUCAAUGGGAAGACAGAAGAGGCAGGCAAACUGAACAUGGACGUGCUUCAGGCCAGUCUGCAGAAGGAGCUGACCACAGGCAAAGGCCAGGCCUCGGCCCUAGAGCUUCUGCGCUGCCCUACCCUCCGCCGCCUCUUCCUCUGCCUCACCAUGCUGUGGUUUGCCACUAGUUUUGCUUACUAUGGGCUGGUCAUGGACCUGCAGGGCUUUGGGGUCAGCAUGUACCUGAUCCAGGUGAUCUUUGGCGCUGUGGACCUGCCUGCCAAGCUCGUGUGCUUCCUUGUGAUCAACUCCCUGGGCCGCCGGCCUGCCCAGACAGCCUCACUGCUGCUGGCGGGCAUCUGUAUCCUGAUCAAUGCGGUGGUACCCCAGGAUCGGUCCAUUGUUCGAACCUCCCUUGCCGUGCUGGGGAAGGGCUGCCUGGCUGCCUCCUUCAACUGCAUCUUCCUGUAUACCGGGGAGCUGUACCCCACAAUGAUCCGGCAGACAGGCAUGGGCAUGGGAAGCACCAUGGCCCGCGUGGGCAGCAUCGUGAGCCCCCUGGUGAGCAUGACCAGCGAACUCUAUCCUUCCAUGCCUCUCUUUAUUUAUGGCGUUGUCCCCGUGGUGGCCAGCGCUGUCACUGCCCUCCUGCCAGAGACCCUGGGCCAGCCACUGCCGGACACCGUGCUGGACCUAGAGAACAGGAGAGGGAAACCAAGACGACAGCAGCUCGAGCAGCAGAAGCAGAUGGUCCCCCUGCAGGCCUCUGCACCAGAGAAGAGCGAGCUCUGA